GUGCUCUGCUGAAGCCACGCAACUCAACAGCAUCUCACCAGUUUUACAAAAAUGUCCAUGUGGAGUUUCAUCUUGCUUUUGAUCUCUGUACAGUGUGUGUUUGGUACUAGUUCAGAUGCCGAUGAAACGCUAUCAGUGAUGGAGGACGAUUCUGUCACCCUUCAUGCUGAUGUUUCUGCAAUAAAGAGAGAGGAUCAGAUACUGUGGAGAUUCGGACCUGAAAACUCUCGUAUUGCUGAAAUCUACAAGCAGAACAUGCCAACAUAUGACAUUAAUGAGAGAUUCGUUGACAGACUGGAGAUGAGUAUUCAAACUGGGUCUCUUACCAUCAAAAACAUCGGAAUACAACACUCUGGACUUUACAAAGUAACCAUCAUCAGUAAUGGAGGGACUUCAGAAAAGAGGUUCAGAGUUAUUGUCUGUGCUCGUUUGCCUAUUCCCAACAUCACCAGAGACUCUUCGCAAUGUUCAUCAUCAUCAUAUUGUUCACUGUUGUGUUCAGUUGUGAAUGUGAGUGCUGUGACUCUCUCCUGGUACAAAGGAAACAGUUUAUUGUCCAGCAUCAGUGUGUCUGAUCUCAGCAUCAGUCUCUCUCUACCUCUGGAGGUGGAAUAUCAGGAGAACAACAUCUACAGCUGUGUGAUCAACAAUCCCAUCACAAACCAGACCACACAUCUCAACAUCACUCAACUCUGCCAGCCAUGCGCAGACACUACUCGUUGUGGUUCUGCUGAAGCUGUGAUCCGAUUGGUCGUCUCUGUUGUGGUGGGCGUGGCUACUGUUGCUGUAUUAGUUGAUCACUUCAGAUCUGUUAGUGAUACAUCACCAUUGGUCCCUUAAAUGGCUGUUUUUGUUGUUGUUUUUUAUAUUCCUCUUCUUCAGAAUGAGAAUGAAGAUCGGUGGACAUGUACUACUCAGCCUAAGCUUUAUUUGCUAUUCAUUCACUGACUGUCUGAUGUACAUGCACACAAAAAUAACAAGUAGCCUACUGAAUAAUGAGUUCCAUUCAGAUCAGAUUUCUUUUGUGGGUAAAGCCCUUUGUUUGUAAAUAAGAAAAAGCUGUUUACAGGAUACAAGGGGGCAAAUUGAAAUCCACAAGCAGAACUGUAUUAAUAUUUAUUGCUAUGUGUUCUGAGAUAUGUCUGUAAAACAGAAACCAUUAACAAAGGCUAUUAGCUAUUAACAAAGGCCAAUCUUCUGUACUGCACGGAGACUGCCUCACUAGUAUAUUAACCACACCAUGUCUGUGAAUUUAUUGAUAUAUAUUUAUGUAUUAAUAUAUAUUUAACCCAUGUGCAUCAAGUAAAAAAGUUACACUUAGGUCAGUGGACAAAAAUCUCCAUGUAAACAAUUGUCAUAAAAAUGUGAAGCUUGGGAGCAUAGAGUUAAGUUUGGUCUCAUUUUAAAGAAGACCCAUGGCAGAUAAAAAAAAAAAAAGUUUAAAGGUGAAAAAAUGUUACAUUUAUGAAAAUGAUUUAUGAAUGAUAUUUUAUAUAAAAUAUUAAUUAUAUGACACAUGUUGAACUCUAAACCUGCUAGAAGAUCAAAGCCAUAAAUCUAAACAAGUUGUGUUCCAAAUUUGAGGUUGAUAUAAAAAAAAAAAUUGCUUUCAGUGAGAUUUUUGCAGCUUUCUCUCUCAAAUAUUACAAGCACACUCACCCACACACACACAAACACACACAAUUAUUACGUCACACAUACAAACCACAUCAUGACAUCCAUACCAACACACCCACACAAUUAUAGCUGCAAUAUUUAUCGAAUUGGCUCUAUAAUAUGCAGAAGCAGGAAACAGGAAUAAAGUGAGCAUUUGCUUUAUAGGCCAGACCUGAACAAAUUGCUCCAUCAAGGAUAUAUUAAAUAUAAUGAUAAUUUUGAAGCCCUGCCAAAAGAAUGAAAGCCUAUUAACAAAAAUUGCAUAAUUUUACACUGAAAUGGCACUGCGAUUAAAAAUAGCCAUUUUAAUGGGAUUCAGUGGGGACAUUUUUGUCCUUAUGGUCCUGAAAGGAACAAUUUUGUGUACCUAGUGCAAAACAGAUUAAUAAAAAGGAACAAAUGGUAUAGUAAAUAAUAUAAGAAUAGUAAAAUUCCAAUAGAAAAAACACACCUGUGCCAAAAUGUAUGCAGUUGGCAAUAACACAGGCAAAAUGACUAACACUGAAAAGGACAAAAAUGUCCAAAAGUAAUCACCAAAAACUAGGAUAAUUUGAAAGCCUAAAAUGUUAAUAUACAUUUUUUGAAUUUGCAAACAGACUUUGUGUUACCAUAAAAACUGAACUUUAAAUCCUAUUAAGUGGUUGCAAUUUGCACUUUUUAAACCAAAUCACAUAAAUCAAAUCCUUGACAAAACAUAAUUGAAAUAAAAAUAAUAAUAAUAAUAAUUCUAACAUUUCAGGUUUAUGUUUGACUGCUGAUAUAAGUGAUACUUUGAAUACACACGUUUUAAUUGUGAGUAGAGAAUGCACCAAACAUGUUUUAAUGGAUUGCGUGUAGCAUCUGUUUGUCAACUUAGAACUACUUUAGAGUAUGAUCUACUUUGUGAAAUAUAAUUUCUUAUUAUAAAUAAAAAUAAAAUUAAUUAAUUAAACUUCACCUCACCAAUAAACUCCCAAAUUAGCAUUCAUGAAUUACAUUUAUUAUGCCCCCAAAAAUGGCAGCUAACAAGUUAUAACCAGAAAUAAAUAUAAAGCCUAUAUUUUGUAUUUAUCCUCACUCUGAACAUCUUUACUUUGGACCAAGUAAGCCUUGUUUCACAUCUAAGCUAAGCAUGACA